ACAAUGACAGAAUCGACUCCGCCUCUCCUACGCUCUUAUGCAGAGCUUUCAUCAGCUGAAUUAGCUACUGAUGGAGGAAUGAUGGAGGAAUGCCAACUGCCAUUGAUAGACCUUAAUGGUCUAAAGAGCGGCGAUCGGAGAGAGAGAGUGGCUUGCUGUGAAGCGAUAUGCAGAGCUGCAUCAGAAUGGGGAUUCUUCCAAGUAGUAAACCAUGGCAUAAACAAUGAGUUACUGAGGAAGAUGAGAAGAGAGCAAGUUAAGUUGUUUCGAACACCUUUUGAAAGAAAGGCUAGUAGUGGAAUUUUGAAUAAUUCAUAUAGGUGGGGAACUCCAGCGGCUACUUGUUCAAAGCAAUUUUCAUGGUCUGAGGCUUUCCACAUUCCUCUUACCAAAAUUUCUGAGGAAACUUGCUAUGGAGACUUUACCUCUUUAAGGUAUGCUGGUUCAUUCAAUGAUUUUUAUAAGAGUGUGGAGCACAAAGUGAUGGCCAAUGCAAAGAUGGAGAGACAUUCAGUUGCCUACUUUCUCUGUCCUUCCUAUGAUUCUUUAAUAGGAAGUUGCAAAGAGCCUUCAGUCUAUAGAAAAUUCACUUUUGGGGAGUACAGGAGACAAGUUCAAGAAGAUGUCAAGAAAACUGGCCAUAAAAUGGGACUUCCAAGAUUUUUACUUUAAAAUACACAUCAGACAGAUCCCAUAAACUAACCCACAAUCAAAAGCCAAGACAAGAUUUUGGCUCUCUACUUCAAUUCAUCAGAGGAGGAUUGUGACAUAAACUGAUUCCAUAAGCCAAGCGAAACCACCACCAGUUGGUUUGUUGCAGUUAUACCUGUAUUUAUUCCAAGAAAACACAUUGUUCUGUACAAGAUAAAUAUAUAUAUUGGAUUCCUUUGUUAGAAAAAACGGAUAUAAUAUUGAAAUAAAAUAUAUCUAAA